AUGAAUAAGGUUCAAUUAAAAAUCUGUCACCGAGGCGGCAGAACUGAUCAUUUGGCAAUAGCCUGUACAAACGAGAGAGAUCAUGUCAACAUCUUUGAAGAAAAAGAUUUCCCAACCAUUAGCAUCGACAAAGUAAUGAUGAACACCAGUGAAGACGUGGGAAAUGGCCAGCAUAACGAACUCCUUGACUACGUGUGGAGACAAGACGAAGAAGUGCAUAAAACCAAUCAGAUUCACGAAGAUAGUGAAACGGAAGAAAUCGGGGAAGAAAUACGCGUGAAGAAUCAAGACGCAGAAGAUGCAAGAGAGCCAACGCAAGAUAAACCCGAGAUAAAAGAAAGUGAUGAAAAAACGAAGAAUGAAGCUGAGAUUGAAGACGAAAUGGGUAUUGCAGAGAAGAAAAGAGAAAGAAGGAAACAUGGAAAUAUAUCAAAAGAGUAUUCAGAUGAAGGGGAAGAAAAUGAAAUGGAAAUGCAAGCCUGCAAGAGAAAAAUGAGGAAACCAGAGCAGAGAGAAUGA